AGACGCGCAGGCGCAGACGCAGCCACGGGCGCGCACGGUGAAACCAAAAUAUCCUCCCGCGGUAACACGUACACGUCUCCCCCGGCCGGGCCGGUAGAUCUCCGCCUCCGCCUCCGCCUUCCCUUCUCGAAGCCCCCGAUUUAUUCGCUUCCCCGCAAUCCCGCUGCCUUCCCAAACCCAAUUCCGCACUCCUCUUAUCUCGCCGCGCCGCCGCUUCCAUAUCCUUCCACCCUCCCCCCAAACCCUCGAAACCCUACCGGCGGGAUUCCGCCGCCUCGGUCGGUUGCCUAGGGUUCACUCCCUCCCCGGACUCCGCCCCGGCCCGCAGCCAUGGCCGUGGAGGAGGCGAGCAGCAGCGGCGGCGGCGGCGACGGCGAGGAGGGGUCCGGGGCGUGGACCCGCGAGCAGGAGAAGGCGUUCGAGAACGCGGUCGCCACGAUGGCGGAGGACGGGGACGACGGGGACGCGCGGUGGGAGAAGUUAGCGGAGGCCGUCGAGGGGAAGACGGCGGACGAGGUCAGGCGGCACUACGAGUUUCUGGUGGAGGACGUCGAGGGCAUCGACUCGGGACGCGUGCCGCUCCCGACCUACGCGGCUGACGGCGGCGCCGAGGAAGGGGGCACCGGCGGCGGUGGUGGCGGAGGGAAGAAGGGGUCCGGGGGAGGAGGGGGCCACGGGGAGAAGGGGUCGGCGAAGUCGGUCGAGCAGGAGCGCAGGAAGGGGAUCGCCUGGACAGAAGAUGAGCACAGAUUGUUUCUUCUUGGACUUGAAAAGUAUGGCAAAGGUGACUGGCGGAGCAUCUCACGGAACUUUGUGAUCUCAAGGACGCCUACUCAAGUAGCUAGUCAUGCACAGAAGUAUUUUAUCCGCCUGAACUCAAUAAACAGAGAGAGGCGGCGAUCAAGUAUACAUGACAUCACCAGCGUGAAUAAUGGAGAUGCAUCAGCUGUUCAGGGUCCAAUCACGGGUCAAACAAAUGGGCAGGCUGCAAAUCCUGGGAAGCCCUCUAAGCAAUCUCCACAGCCGGCAAAUGCACCUCCAGGUGUUGAUGCUUAUGGAACAACAAUUGGACAACCAGUUGGUGGGCCCCUUGUCUCAGCGGUUGGGACUCCUGUUACGCUUCCUGUUCCUGCUCCACCUCAUAUGGCCUACGGCAUGCACACCCCAGUUCCAGGAGCUGUAGUACCUGGAGCCCCAGUAAACAUUGCUCCAAUGCCAUAUCCAAUGCCACCCCCAUCGUCUCAUGGGUGAGGUACAUUUCAGAGUGCUGCAUGGCUUCACAAUCUCCCUAUAUAUGUUGCUUUUAGUGGCAGCGCUACCAUGUUGCAAUAAAGCAAUAUCAAUAAACUCAAUGUACAUUACAAACUGUUGUUACAUGUAGCAUUUUGAGGACAUUGCAGAUUAUGUUCUUGUUGCAUGCAAACUUUCCAUGUACACCUGCCCCAAGUGUUUCAGGUUGGUGCUGUCACUAUGUGUCGCGGAUUCGCGAUCUGGCAGCCUUCAGGAUAGAUGUUGUGGACUUGUGCUUCAGUCAGUAUCUGUGAUCUGUAGUUGUGUAUCUGCUGCAACAAGAGGAAAGAUACAAGUUACAACACUCUUUUUUUUUGAUGUUGAAUUGGAUUUGCCGAACUGGGAAUAUUGGCA